GAAAGAGAGAGAGAGAUAGAGAGAGGGAGAGAGAGUCCCCAGUCCAGGCAGACUACUCCGGGCUCUGAGGCUAUACGUUGAGCCUGGAGUCCCAGGACUCGAACUGGAGCUCCUCCGCUGCGGUGUUGUGACACAGUCUUUCUCCUGUCCGGACGAUCGCCAAUGGGGACAGGAAGGCCUAUGGAGGCCAGCGGUGGGGUGGACGGCUGAGAAGGUUCUGGAGGCUGAAACAUCUCAGAUGUUGGUCUGCCUGAGCCCAUGGUGCGUACCUGCUGGGAUGAACUAGAGACUUUUCCAAAGAGCAACCCACACUUUGACCACACCCAUACAGGAUGUCAUGGGCCAGAGGCGUCUUUGCAGACAGAAUGGACGAGCGAAAGAUGGCGUGGGGAGAGCGCAAUGGCAAAAAGAAGAAAGACAAGUCCUCCCUGUGCAGUUCACGCUACAUGAGCUGCCUGAGGGACCCUGAGGACUUGGAUCCCCCUAACGUGGCCUCUCAGCAUUACCAUACCCGAGCAGGCACAAGCCGGGGACACUUGGGCCUGCGCUGUGAAUGGCAAGAGGACCAUUACAGGAAAAGGAUGGGCGAUGGCAUUGAUUUGGGACUGAAGGCUGUAGACCUGGGCUUUGAGGAUGGCGAACUGACGGGCAGGAAAGAGGAUGAAUACCGGGAACUGGCAGAGGGCAGGUGCAGGACCAUGAGCGCUGCCGACUGUUGGAUGCGUGUUGUAUGGGUUUUUCAGUCCAAGAAGUUCCAGUCGUCAAAACUUGAGCGUCUUUACCAGCGCUACUUCUUCAGACUCAACCAGAGCUCUCUGACCAUGCUGAUGGGCGUUCUGGUCGUGGUGUGUGGGGUCAUGCUGGCCUUUCACUGCAUGCAGAGGGCCGUGGACGUGGCCUACGUCUCAGUACUCUGUGUUGCCAUGGUGCUCUUCCUUGCCAUGAUGGUGGUGUGCAACCGCAACGGCUUCCACCAAGACUCCAUGUGGAUUGUGAGCUACCUGGUGAUCGGGGUGCUCAUUGUCGUGCAGGUUUUUGGGCUGCUCAUGGUGGACCCCCGUAGUGCCUCAGAGGGCAUUUGGUGGACAGUCUUCUUCAUUUACAUUAUCUACACCCUGCUGCCUGUCCGAAUGAGAGCUGCUGUGCUCAGUGGAGUUGUGUUGACGACAAUACACAUCAUUACCGCCUGGCAACGCAACCAAGAAGACAAAUUCAUUUUCACACAGAUAAGAGCCAACAUUGUCAUCUUUCUUUGCACAAACAUGAUCGGGAUUUGCACCCACUACCCCGCUGAGGUCUCCCAGAGACAAGCCUUUCAGGAGACCAGAGGCUACAUCCAGGCCAGAAUUCACCUGCAGAGAGAAAACCAGCAGCAGGAGCGCCUACUACUGUCAGUGCUUCCAAGGCACGUUGCCAUGGAGAUGAAAGCUGAUAUCAGUGCCAAGAAGGAAGAUAUGAUGUUCCACAAGAUCUACAUCCAAAAACAUGACAAUGUUAGCAUAUUGUUUGCGGACAUUGAGGGCUUCACCAGCCUGGCGUCUCAGUGCACAGCCCAGGAGCUGGUCAUGACGCUCAAUGAGCUGUUUGCCCGCUUCGAUAAGCUCGCUUCGGAGAACCACUGCCUACGCAUCAAAAUCCUGGGGGAUUGUUACUACUGUGUGUCAGGGCUGCCUGAACCUCGGGCCGACCACGCCCAUUGUUGCGUGGAGAUGGGUGUGGACAUGAUUGAAGCUAUCUCGCUGGUGAGAGAGGUGACAGGAGUCAAUGUGAACAUGCGGGUGGGCAUCCACAGCGGGCGUGUUCACUGCGGCGUCCUCGGCCUGCGCAAGUGGCAGUUUGACGUCUGGUCCAAUGACGUGACACUUGCCAACCAAAUGGAGGCCGGUGGGAAGGCCGGGCGCAUCCACAUCACCAAAGCGACUCUGCAGUAUCUAAAUGAGGACUAUGAAGUGGAGCCAGGAUUCGGAGGAGAGAGGAAUACCUACUUGAAGGAGAACAACAUUGAAACCUUUCUGGUGUUGGGCUGCAGCCAAAAGAGGAAAGAAGAAAAAGCCAUGAUGGCUAAAAUGCAGCGAGCACGUGCAAAUUCUACAGAGGGCUUGAUGCCACGCUGGGUGCCUGAUAGAUCCUUCUCCAGAACCAAGGAGUCCAAAGUCUUCAGGCAGAUGGGCAUCGACGAAGCAUCCAGUAAGGACAAUCGCUGCAUUCAUGAGGCCUUGAACCCUGAGGAUGAGGUGGAUGAGUUCCUCGGAAGGGCCAUAGACGCUCGAAGCAUCGACCAGCUAAGGAAGGACCAUGUCAAGAAGUUCUUCCUCACUUUUCAAACUGCUGAGCUUGAGAAAAAGUACUCCAAAAAGGUUGACGACGGCUUUGGAGGUUAUGUGGCCUGCACACUCCUAGUUUUCUGUUGCAUCUGUGCUAUUCAGAUGAUCGUUUUUGAAAUAACACCGCUUAUGCUUGGUCUGUACAUUAGCAUCUUCAUCCUUCUAACCAACAUCCUCUUCAUCUGUUCCAUCUACUCCUGCAUCAAACUCUUCCCAGCUGCCUUGCAAACAGUAACCAGGAAAAUAGUUCAGUCUCGUGCAAACAGUACGCUGGUGGGCGUCGUCACCAUCCUCCUUCUCUUCAUUUCUUCCUUCGCUAACAUGUUUACCUGCAGCAAAGGUCAACUGAAGGACUGUGUGGCCAAUGAGAUGAACACGUCAGUGACACUAUGUUUGCUGCACAACCUGACCAAGACGGCAAAGGAUGGAUGGACUCUGUGUUCCGGGCAGGUCACACCCUGCCAUUUCCCGGAGUAUUUCAGCUACAGUGUCCUACUGACCCUGCUGGCCUGCUCAGUGUUCCUCCACAUCAGCAGCAUAGGGAAGUUGGCGCUGAUGUUACUCAUCCAGUUGACCUUUCUCGUGCUGGUGGAGUGGCCUCACGUGGUCCUGUUUGACAACGCAGACCUGCUGGUCAAAGCUAACACGCUGCUUGGUUUCAAUGCGACUGUGGAACAGUGCCUGGAGAGUGUGACCAAAGUACCCCUGAAGGUCAUGACCCCUAUUAUCCUGACUGUGUUUGUUCUGGCUCUGUACUUGCACGGCCAGCAGGUGGAGUCCACUGCACGUCUGGACUUCCUCUGGAAGCUGCAGGCUACAGAUGAGAAGGAGGAGAUGGAGGAACUGCAGGCUUACAACCGCCGCCUACUCCAUAACAUCCUGCCCAAAGAUGUCGCUGCUCACUUUCUUGCACGAGAGCGCCGAAAUGACGAGCUUUACUACCAGUCGUGCGAAUGUGUCGCCGUCAUGUUUGCCUCCAUCUGCAACUUCUCUGAGUUUUACGUGGAGCUGGAGGCCAACAACGAGGGAGUGGAGUGUCUCAGGCUGCUCAAUGAGAUCAUCGCCGAUUUUGAUGAGAUCAUCAGUGAGGAAAGAUUCCGUCAGCUGGAAAAAAUCAAAACCAUUGGUUCCACCUACAUGGCUGCCUCUGGCCUCAACGUCUCCACCUACGAUAGAGAGGGUCGCUCACACAUCCUGGCCCUGGCAGAUUAUGCCAUGAGGCUUCGGGAGCAGAUGAAGUACAUCAAUGAGCACUCGUUCAACAACUUCCAGAUGAAGAUAGGGCUGAACAUGGGACCAGUGGUGGCCGGAGUGAUUGGGGCCAGGAAGCCCCAGUAUGAUAUCUGGGGGAAUACAGUCAAUGUGGCCAGUCGAAUGGACAGCACAGGGGUACCAGACUACAUACAGGUGACCACAGACUUGUACCACGUGCUGGCUAACAAUGGCUACCAGAUGGACUGUAGAGGAUUGGUCAAGGUGAAGGGGAAGGGUGAAAUGACCACUUACUUCCUCACCAGUGGCCCCCACAGUCGUUAACCAACCACGUGGAACCACUGCACCCCCGCGGGCUUGACCCACUCCGUACCGACGCACAGUGCAAACUGUGGACACUGAGGACAUUUGCCACACAUAAAGGUGUUUGAAGGCUGUUUUUGCACAAGCGACCACAAAGCCUUAGGAUCCUAGGUUGCCUUAGGAUGGGAGUAUGCUUGUGUUUAUGAGCAAUAGUACAAGUGUUUCUUCUCGAGGUCAUUAUUUAUUUUUGUGCAGAUGGAUAAGCUAUAUAAAGGAAGUGGAGUUUAUGCAAGGACACAAAUGGAGGAUGAACAUGACCAAAGAACAACUGUCCCAAGUAUACUCAUUGAAUUAUCUUUGCGGAAGCCGCGGUAGUGAGGCUGCUGGUGGGUCACCAAGAAGUUCCGUUGAUUUGGUUCACGUCAGAGCAAGACGACGUAAAGCAAAGGAGAAGCAGUCAUAUUUGUAUCACGGAUGAAAGUUCUCAACUGUUUUUUGGGACAUUUUGUAUCAGCGUAUGUGAGUUUCGUGUGUAUGAAUGUGUGACACGAUGCUGAACCGUUCCUCUCAAUGAGACAUACUGUAACUUUUCACUGUAUUUGUAUUAUCUGACACAACAUGGUUUUCUGUUUGCUGCAAAGCAUGUUUUAUAUCCAUCCUCAGAGUUGAGUGCCCAAUCGUGACUUCUCGUGGUUCAAGGAGAAUCCUGUCUUUUUACUGGACGUUCAUGUCAUUCCAAGCAAAACGUUCAAAAGCCCAUGAAACGAUAUUUUUGGACCGCACCGACUUUUAGACAGCAUAUGCAGCAUCUCUUUGCCUGCUCACAUAAAUUGCCUUGAUGUUAUGUGGUUGCAAGGCCCUUAUUUUUAUGGACCAAGACUUGCUUUUUUCAUCGGAAGGUGCCCACACGCCCAGAAGAGUCGAAGAGAUGAAUGUAUAGAAUAAUAAACAAUGGAACAACCACUGUGCUACUGAGAGAUGACUGCCGUCAUAAGCAAUCAAAUUGGUUGAACUUCUGGUUUGCUGCAAAUGACAGCCUAAUUUUAAAGUGAUUAUGAGCUCACUUUUUCUGUAGAAGUCCACAAUAUUUUUGCCUUAAGAGCUGACAAGCCUUUAUAUUGCUCUCUGCCCCAUGAAAUAAAAGGUCAAAGAAAUUAUCUUUUUUUUUUCAUUUUCCCUUACAUAGAUUUAUGAUCUCCUGUUUUCUGUUGAUCCACUUCUACAUUAUGACUGUGUUUUACAAAACAUUAAAGGGGACCUAUUAUGCUAAUUCUUCCACCCUUUGUAUUGAGUUGUAGACUCCUAUAGAGCAGCUACACAGAUAACCCACACAGAAAACAUUUUUAUAUUUUCCAGAAUCUGCACCUAUUCCAGCUGUAUUUCUUUGGUUUUGUGCUUCCAGCCAAAACGGUCUAUUUUAAUUUAUUCUACCCACGGCCGCCCCCUAGCCCACUCUGCUGUGAUUGGUCACACGCCAAAAGUGCUUCCUAAUUAUGAACCAUUUAAGGACAUCCACCCCUCUGUGACAUCACAAAGGGGCAGUUUUACCACACCUUCUAAAACCGAGCGUUUUGAGCCACCCCAAACUUCUUUCAGGGCUCACUUCCAAAUACGCAAACCUCAUUAUCUGAAACUUUGGCAUGGUUAAACACCAGAAUGUAACAUUCUAACUGCAUUUAUAGGUCAGAAAAGUGGAAAAAGCACAAUACGUCCCCUUUAAUAAAAGCAAAAUAGACCCUUACAAAGAAUGCAUGUGGUUCUAAUUUGAAUGUCACGCCAAUCAGAAGCCUGCAAUCUAGCUGCCUCCCUGUGAGAGUAACUUGAGACACCCACUUCUUUCUUCUGCUGCUUCUCCUUUUCCAAAAUAAAUCAGUCUCCAGUUCCAAGAGGCAAAGCAGUUCCGAAUUUGUAAUUGCUCGUGCAUGAAUAAUGAAUUUCUGUCCAGCAAAUGGCAAUGGUCACAGAGCACUUUAUGAUAAACAUCAAGUGACAGGAAUUCCUGCUAAUUCUCAUUGACUAGAUCACACUGGAGAAUUGGCACAGAAUAUGGGAAGUGUUUUUGUAUCACACACAAUGUUUAUUUCAUGUGAGAUUCUAUGGUUUGUUUGCUGUGCAUUAGGCCAUACACACCGUUGGGGACCAU